UCUGCUGCUGCUGCUGCUGCUGCUGCUGCUGCUGCUGCUGCUGCUCUCAAACGGCACACAGAGACCAGGAAAAGUUAGGAAGGUUGGAAGAACAAACUCAGUUUUUCAGCUUUCUGAGACUAGAUUUUCCAGUGAACUGUAAACUAUUCAGUGGGAUUGGUACGCCCUGGGCCAGACCCCCGGUGGAACUUACUGCUGGUGCAGCAGAGACCAUGGAUCAGUACAACACAGAUGACCACCAGUACGAGGGCUCCUUGUUCCCAACCUCAACCCUUAUACCCGUCACAGUCAUCUGUAUCCUCAUCUUCAUCAUUGGGGUGACAGGCAACACCAUGACAAUCCUCAUCAUCCAGCACUUCAAAGACAUGAAGACCACCACCAACCUCUACCUGUCCAGUAUGGCGGUGUCUGACCUUAUUAUCUUCCUCUGCCUGCCCUUUGACCUCUACCGCCUGUGGAAGUAUGUGCCUUGGGUUUUCGGGGAGGCGGUGUGUCGUUUCUACCACUACAUCUUUGAGGGCUGCACCUCAGCCACCAUACUUCACAUCACUGCCCUGGGCAUUGAGCGCUACCUGGCCAUCAGUUUCCCGCUCAGGAGCAAGGUCAUGGUGACUCGACGCCGGGUCCAAUACAUCAUCCUCGCCCUGUGGGGCUUUGCUCUUGUCUCUGCAGCCCCCACGCUCUUCCUGGUAGGGGUGGAGUACGAUAAUGACACACACCCCGACUACGACACGGGUCAGUGCAAGCAUACCAGCUACGCCAUCAGCUCUGGACAGCUGCACAUCAUGUUGUGGGUGUCCACCACCUACUUCUUCUGCCCGAUGCUCUGCCUCAUCUUCCUUUAUGGCUCCAUCGGGUACAAACUGUGGAAAAGCAAAAACGACAUGCAAGUGCCCUGCACCCUUGCCCGAGAGAGGUCCCACAGACAAACAGUCAAGAUCCUAGUGGUGGUGGUGCUGGCCUUCAUCAUCUGCUGGCUGCCUUACCACAUUGGCAGAAACCUCUUCGCCCAGGUAGAUGACUAUGAGACGGCCAUGCUGAGCCAGAACUUCAACAUGGCUUCCAUGGUGCUCUGCUAUCUCAGUGCCUCCAUCAACCCUGUUGUCUAUAACCUCAUGUCCCAGAAGUACAGGGCCGCAGCCAAACGCCUCUUCCUGCUUCAUCAGAGGCCCAGGCAGACUAGCCGCAGCCAGAGACAGCUCUGUAUGAUCCAUCACGUCUCCACUCUUAACGAAAGCCUCACUGGAGUCUGAGCACCUGCUUGGCUCCACCACCAGGAGGGGGUUUCCAGGUCUUUUGUAAGGUUCAGGGUUUAACAUCAAAAGAGGAUACUUAUUGAGGAUGUGCAGAUAUCCUUUAAUCUUUCAGAGGGGAAACAGGGAACUUCAAUGCAAAAAAUGAUAUGUUACUUCUUAUUGGCCUUAUGAUUGCCUACAAUGUCACAACAUAGUUCUUGACAUAACUUUAUGCAUUCAGUGUUAGGUAUUAUACACCUCCUGCAUAAGUUUUAACAUCUGUAAAUUCAGCUCAGUUAUCCCAGUUGUUAUUGGCAGAUAUUUGUAAUUUAUUUUUCUUGCCAGCCACAUGUUAGUGUAUAAGUAGGUUUUCUGUAAUGUACUGUGAGUUAGGUGCAUUGGUAUAAUGUUCUACCUUUUCAUACCUCGUCAUGUUACAACCACAAACUUUAAUACAUUUUUGGGAUUUCAUGUCAUUCUUUGUAGGACCACCUUAGCCUUACAGCUGCAAGUCAUUUGGGUUAAUUUAGCACCUUUACCCACUAAGGUUUUUGCCCAUUCUUCUUUGCAAAUUUGCUCAAGUUCAAUCAGACUUUGACUGGGCCAUUGUAAUACAUGAAAAUGCUUUCAUCCAAACCCCUACACAGCAGCUCUAGUUGUAUGUUUAGGGUUGUUGUCCUGCUGCAGGAAUGCAGUCUUUUUCCGUAUCUAAGAGGUUCUCAUCCUGUAUUGCCCUGUGUUCAGUUUCAUCUCAACAGCAUGGUGUGGCCACUAACAUGUUAGAACAUGGGAACGAUGUGUUCAAGAUGAUGUGCAAUGUUAGGUUAGUUUUCAACCAUACAUACAGUAUUAUUUCGCAUAUAAGGCAAAAUGUUGAAUAUUUGUCUAUAUAUUAACAAUGCUUCUUCCAUGUUUUUGUGUCCCCUGCAUAGUAUGCAGAAAACUUUAAAUAUCUUUCUUCUUGCCACUUUUACAUUUUCCGGCUCAUUUAGACUGGAUGGAGAAAAGUGUUCCCACAGCAUGAUGCUACCACCACUAUGUGUCACUGUGGGGAAACAUGGUGGUAUCAGUACAGGGCUUGUAGCAAACUGAAACAGCAUUUUAUGAUUUGCUUUUUUUUUUUGCUUUCUUUAAACAAUGACUUUCCUCUCACUUCUCUUUUAUGUAGGAAAGAUUUGUUAUGUGUCAACAGAAUAUGCUACCUGUAAUCUGCUGAAUUUCCAGAGUUACCAUGUGCCACUUUGUUACUUCUGAUUGAUCCUCUCUUUCCAUGCCUGUCAGUUUAGGUGAACCGCCAUGUCUUGGUAGGUUUGCAGUUGUGCCAUAGGCUUUUCAUUUUCGGAUGAUGAAUUAAGCAUUGCUCCAGAACUUUGUUUGUGUUCGUUAGUCUUCAUGAUGCUGUUUCAUUUUGCAACAAGCCUCUGAUGCCUUCACAAAUUGAUGUAAAUAUACUGAGAUGAAAUUAUGCACGAGUGAAAUCCAGUAACCAAUUAAUGGACUUCUAAAGGCAACUGGUUGUUUUAAAUGUAGAUGUGUCAAAGUAAAGAGGACUAAACACAAAUGAACACCACACUUUUCAGAUUUGUAUUGGUGAAAAGUGUUUAAAACCAUGUAAACCUCUUUUCUUUAUAGUCAUGCAUUACUUUCUGGUGGUCUAUAACAUUAAACUCCACUAAAAUACACUGAGACGUAGGGUGUAACAGGGCAAAGUUGGAGAAAGUAGAAGAAUACUUUUACAAGGCACUAUAUGAGGAACAUUUUUAUCAUGUUUGUUUGAGAUUCAUAGGAAAUAAAAUGACAAAAUAAAGCAG